CCGCAGUCAAAAGAAUAAAAGAAAAAACCGCUGCCCGCACGACCUCUCACCCCCUGCUCCUCGACCUCUCGCUCCCUGCUCCUCCUACCGCACCGUUCGCCGCCCCACAACCGCUCGCCGCUUCGCCGCCUUCCGCAGCCGCGUCCCUUCGCCGUCGCCCACCUACUUCCCUUCUCUCCCUGCACUUCUCCACCCUUACGCAGCCGCCGCCAGCGCCUUGUGCCCCAACGCCGCUAUCGCCAUCACCUCCUCCCCAUGGUCCGCGAGCUAGACGCGCUGCCGGGAAGAAUCCACCAUCUACGGCCUUGCGGCGCUCGCCGGGGACACCGCCGCCGCCUCUAUCCUUUCCGGAUGCCUUUGUCUCCUCUCUACAGCGGCCUCCUCAUCUCUUCACGGCUGCUCCAGAGGUCGCCCCCUCGAGCAUCGCGUCCUCUUCUCCACCACCACCUCGCCGCCGCCUCCUCCCUUCGGUUCUCUCCUCGAAGCUCCAUCAAGUGGUCACUGCCGCCUGCUGCCUCUUCUCUCCUGCAGGACGACGCCUCCCCAUCCACCAUCUGCCGCUGCUGAACUGGGUGGCAGUUGCGGCCAUGGGGGAGUAGGGGUGGCAUGGUCUUCAUGGUCGUUAUGUACAAGAAGACGAGGACGGCAGUGGGGGGAACGAGCAGCCCAUUUGCGUUAUGUACAAGAAGACGAGGUCGUUAUGGAUUUGAGGAUGCAACUCACGGGCCACCAUCACCGUCCGCAAUCUGGGCUGCCCAUUUGCGUCUCGCCAUCUUCCUUCCCAAUACUUAACUUAGUUCUUUGACAGUCUAAUUUCAAUUUUGUCAAUUUAUGGCUUUUCUAGGCAAUGAUGUGAGACAGAAAAGAAGAGGAAGACGUUGGUGAAGGAGAGGGCAGCACAAAUGUACACCGCUGUGGCCAGGUUAUUUCAUACGACACAGCCACAGAUGAUGUGCUGUACUGUUUCAGCAUUAUUGUUUCAGCUGUACUGUUUGGACAAAAUUCUGAUUUUUCAACACUUGUUCCAUGUGCGAAUAUUCUGGGAGCACCAACUCCAACUGCUGACAAGCCUCCAUGACCAUUGUCCGUGCACAGCCGCCGUCUGCCGCAGCUUCGUCAAUCGUCCUUCUCAGGUGUCAGCGAUCUUAGCCGUGAGGAGUGAGCGACACACCGUUCCCGUUGACGCCGUCGUCCGCCGGCAUCCGGUAUUGCUGUACGCUAUACCUGUACUGAUUGUGAUUGGCGUCCCAUCCGACACCAGAACGAGAACCCCUUCAAUUUGUUUUAUUCCGGGUUACUGCGCUAAUCCGUACGUGUUCAUUACUCACUCCGACGGAGGCCAGGGCGCGUUUGGUUACUGGAUCUGUCCGGUGGGAGAUGGUAGCGCGGGAUAUCUUCAACCGGUUUGGAUGACGGUCAUGUAAUAGGAUAGGCGCUUAGUUUACCUAUCUCUCUUUAUUAUGCCAGCCGGUUGUGGCUUUUGAGCCUUGUUUUACUUUGCUAGCUCUAUGUGAGCCAGCAACCUUUAUUGUAGCACUUUGCAAGACA